GGGCCUGGCGCCAGCGCAUGCGCCCGCCUGUGGGCGCUGUCCCGUCUGCAAGGGCCGCGAGUUCACCGACAGACUGACGGACCGACGGACUGGCGGCCGCUCGGACGCACGCGGCAGCGCAGGGAGCAGGGACGCGGCGGGACAGUGACAUGCCUGGCCACAUACAGCAGCCGAGCGGGCGCGGGAACCCGGGCCCCGCGCCCUCGCCUUCCCCGGGUCCCGGCGCCUCGGAGCGGGUGGCGCUCAAGAAAGAGAUCGGGCUGGUGAGCGCUUGCACCAUCAUCAUCGGCAACAUCAUCGGCUCUGGUAUCUUCAUCUCACCCAAGGGCGUCCUGGAGCACUCAGGCUCUGUGGGGCUGGCGCUCUUCGUCUGGGUCCUGGGUGGGGGCGUGACGGCCCUGGGCUCCCUCUGCUAUGCAGAGCUGGGGGUGACCAUCCCCAAAUCUGGCGGGGACUAUGCCUAUGUCACCGAGAUCUUCGGGGGCCUGGCCGGAUUCUUGCUGCUCUGGAGUGCUGUGCUUGUCAUGUACCCCACUAGCCUGGCUGUCAUCUCCAUGACCUUCUCCAACUACGUGCUGCAGCCUGUGUUCCCCAACUGCAUCCCCCCAGCCACUGCCUCCCGCUUGCUUUCCAUGGCGUGCCUGAUGCUUCUGACCUGGGUGAACAGCUCCAGCGUGCGCUGGGCCACAAGAAUCCAGGACGUCUUCACGGGAGGGAAGCUGUUGGCUCUGUCACUCAUUAUUGGUGUUGGCUUUGUCCAAAUCUUCCAAGGACACUUCGAGGAGCUGAGGCCAAGCCGUGCCUUCGCCUUUUGGAUGACACCCUCUGUGGGUCACCUGGCCCUGGCCUUCCUCCAGGGCUCCUUUGCUUUUAGUGGCUGGAACUUCCUCAACUAUGUCACCGAAGAGCUGGUUGACCCUCGCAAAAACCUACCUCGUGCCAUCUUCAUCUCCAUCCCCCUGGUGACCUUCGUGUACACAUUCACCAAUGUCGCCUACUUCACCGCCAUGUCCCCCCAGGAGCUGCUGUCCUCUAACGCGGUAGCCGUGACCUUCGGGGAGAAGCUACUGGGUUACUUCUCGUGGGUCAUGCCUGUCUCUGUGGCACUUUCCACUUUCGGAGGAAUCAAUGGCUACCUGUUCACCUCCUCCAGGCUAUGCUUCUCUGGAGCCCGGGAAGGUCACUUGCCCAGCCUACUAGCCAUGAUCCACGUCAGACGCUGUACCCCCAUCCCCGCCCUCCUCGUCUGUUGCGGGGCCACAGCAGUCAUCAUGCUUGUGGGAGAUACAUACACACUUAUCAGCUGCGUGUCCUUCAUCAACUACCUCUGCUAUGGUGUCACUGUCCUGGGCCUGCUUGUGCUACGCUGCAGGCGGCCGGCGCUCCACAGGCCCAUUAAGGUGAACCUCCUCAUCCCUGUCACGUACUUGGUGUUUUGGGCCUUCCUGCUAGUUUUCAGCUUCAUCUCGGAGCCCGUGGUCUGUGGGAUAGGCGUCAUCAUCAUCCUCACAGGUGUGCCCAUUUUCUUCCUGGGCGUAUUCUGGAGAAGCAAACCAAAGUGUGUGCACAGACUCACAGAGUCCUUGACACGCUGGGGCCAGGAGCUGUGUUUCGUGGUUUACCCCCAGAGCUCCCCUGAGGAGGAGGAAAAUGGUCUCAUGGUCCAGUCCUCCCCACUGCCCGCCACGGACAAGCCCUUCAAGAUGCAGUGAGACGUUUACAGAGACAAGGCAGCUGUUUCUGUUUACAUGUUGUUUAUUGAGGUGGUGUUUUUUGCAAAAACUUUUUUUUUCUGGAAAAAAAAAAAAAAGAAAGAAUUGCAACUGUUAGAGGUCUGCCAUAAGGAAGCCCCGCUGAUGUGAAUGGGUUUCCUGUUGUAGUGCUGCCCUGCUAGCUUUUCCUGGAAAGACCUAGAAAUAAACAGGGCUGGUUGUU